AUGGAGACAAAAGCAAUGUGCUCUGAAAACCAAAAGGGAGGAGUUGUCCAUCGUAGGCGUUUCACACCAGAAGAAGAUGAACUUCUAAAGAAGCUUGCCAAAGACAUAACAAAUAAAACAUGGCGCGAUAUUGCAAAGCAUCUACCUGGGAGAACAGCUACGCAAUGUCGCGAUAGAUAUAACCAAUAUCUAUUUCAACAAGUUGUUUCAAAGCCAUGGACCAGUGAAGAAGAUAGAAUAAUUGUUGAAAAAUAUAAACAGUUUGGAUCCCACUGGGCAAAGAUUGCUGAAUAUCUUCCAGGUCGCAGUGGAAGUAACAUCAAAAACAGGUGGAAUGGUGCACUUGGCCGUUUUCACGGAAUCCCUCAUAAGACAUCAAAGAUAGAGCGUAGACAGCCAAGAAGUAUACUUAAUGCUCUAAAUCAGCAAGAAGAUUCUUCAUCAGAUUUCGAAGCCCCUAAACUAGAGGACGUCAAUGUCAUUUUUGAUCAAAUUGCUGAAUCUAUAUUACAACAAGGAGAGGAAACAUUUGAAAUAUUUGAUAGUUUUGAAGAAGUCUUAAUGUAA